CAAUGACCUUAAUUGGCCUAAGCUACGCAAGCCAAUUAAUUAUGCAGUGCGCAGUGGAACAUGAAACGUGAUCUGAAUUGAAGACUCAAACAUAAUUACCUGCUGUUGUAAGUCAGUUGGCCAGGCGGCUCAUAUCUGAAAGUGGCUUAGAAACCCCAAAAAGCCGAAAAUGAUCUACUCGGACAAUUGCUGUUGCUGCGUGGAGCUGAAGUGCGGAUGCAUUCUGAUAGCCAUCGUUGAGGUGCUGAUCCGUGGACUGGAUCGCUUCUUUGUUGAUCGUGACAGCCUGCUGGGACUUCUUUCCCUCGUGGUGAGCGGUAUCUACGUCAUCUGCUGCAUCUUCCUACUGCUCGGAGCAGUUCUGGGCCUGAGAUAUUUUCUAUUGCCCUACCUCUCAGUUUCCUGCCUCCGAUUCCUUAUUUUGGUUGCCGAGGGCGUGUUUGUGGCCACAGAAGGCAUCAUGAGUGAAUAUCUAGUCUUUGAUGUUCUCCAAUCCCUUCUAGGCUUGUACUUUUGGUUGGUGGUCUACUCCUAUUACGAUCGGUUAAAGGACGCAUGAGCUUGUAUAUUUUAGACUAUUUUGUUAAAUAAAAUAAUUCUUGUCUAUGUA